AGGAAAUCGUGUGGUAAGAUAAAGUUCACUCAGGUAGUUAGCUUGAGUCUCUGAGAGAUAAUCAGCGUCUGAUUAAUGAUCUCAUACUAAAUAAUCAUUUGAGAUAACUUCUUAUAUGUCAUGGCUUUAUAGAAUAUCAAUAUACAAUCAUUUGCUGCUUCCCACUAAGAAUUUUUGUGAUUAGGAUAGUAGGUGUAAUUAACUGCACCCUAUUUCUUAUGCAAUUCGUCUACAAAACUUUGAAGUGUGUGAUCAGAUUACUAGUUUUUAUAGAUGUCUGCUUCCAGAUGUGCCACAUGUUGAUGCUGUUUGUAAGCCAGGAUAUUUUGAAGCGAAGGGUUUUAUUGUGCAAAGCGGCUGUUGAGUGGAUUCUUGGGAUUCUAAUGCUUUCUAAGUCACUACCAUCUUGUUCAGGAUUAGAGGUGCAGGCAAAAGCUGUCAUACUCUCAGGUGUUUAUAUUGCUACUGACAUGUCGAAAAUGAGCAAAAUGGAUAACAAGCUACGCCACGAAA